AGGAGGUAUUUCUGCACAUGUCCAUAAUGUUGUUCACCACUGGGGGCAGCUUAACAUAAGACUGCAUUUACUGAUACCAAAGCAACAGUCGGAGAAGCUUUCAGAGUGACAGGAUGCAGAAGUGAACAGUGCUUGUUCAUUGUACCGGGUCAUCCUGGCUUCUCUGCUUCAACGCAGCUUCCUUAGCCGGUGGAAUACAGAUGGGUGAAUUCAGACAGCUGAGCGUCACUUGCAAGAACCUCUCAAGCUUUGCACGGGGAGAUUUAAAAGAAGCCGAGUCUACAAUGUAAAGAUUCCAAACCACAUCAUCCAUGAAGACCCUAUCACCUAGGAAGAACUUGACUUUCUGCUGCAAAUGCUGGUUUGGGAUUUAUACAUUCCUGGGAUGUUCUGCAUGCCUGGCAAAGGAUAAGGAUCCAAAAUUGGUCCAUUUCCCAGGGGGUCCAAUUUUGCUUCCUGGGUGUCAGCAAGCCUUGACUCACCAAAGAACAGCUGACAGGGGCUGUCAUGUUUGUGGCCCCUAGGAAAAAGCAAAAGAGCUAAAGGACGACCUUUGAAAACACAAAGGAUGGGUUUCAAUGUAUUUAGGCUACUGAGCGGAUCAGCAGUAGCCCUGGUAAUAGCUCCCACUGUAUUACUGACAAUGCUUUCGUCUGCUGAACGAGGAUGCCCUAAGGGCUGUAGGUGUGAAGGCAAAAUGGUAUAUUGUGAGUCCCAGAAAUUGCAAGAGAUACCCUCCAGUAUAUCAUCUGGUUGUUUAGGUUUGUCCUUGCGAUAUAACAGCCUUCAAAAACUAAAAUACAACCAAUUUAAAGGUCUUAAUCAACUUACCUGGCUUUACUUAGACCACAAUCAUAUCGGCAGUAUUGAUGAAAAUGCUUUCAAUGGAAUACGCAGGCUGAAAGAGUUAAUUCUGAGUUCCAACAGAAUUGCUUUUUUUCUUAACAACACCUUCAGACCAGUAACAAACCUCCGAAAUUUGGAUCUCUCCUACAAUCAGCUGCAUUCCCUGGGAGUAGAACAAUUCAGAGGCUUAAGGAAGCUGCUGAGUUUACACCUGAGGUCCAAUUCCCUGAGAACGAUCCCAGUCCGGAUUUUCCAGGACUGUAGGAACCUGGAACUCUUAGACCUGGGUUACAACAGGAUCCGAAGCCUAGCAAGGAAUGUCUUUGCUGGCAUGAUCAGGCUGAAAGAGCUGCACCUGGAGCACAAUCAAUUUUCUAAGCUUAACUUGGCACUUUUUCCAAGGCUGGUCAGCCUACAGAACCUUUAUUUACAGUGGAAUAAAAUUAGUGUUAUAGGACAAACCAUGUCUUGGACGUGGAGCUCGUUACAAAGACUUGAUUUAUCGGGAAAUGAAAUAGAAGCUUUCAGUGGACCAAGCGUUUUCCAGUGUGUGCCCAAUUUGCAACGUCUCAACCUGGAUUCCAACAAGCUCACAUUUAUUGGCCAAGAGAUUUUGGAUUCCUGGAUAUCUCUGAAUGACAUCAGCCUUGCUGGGAAUAUAUGGGAAUGCAGCAGAAACAUUUGUUCCCUGGUAAACUGGCUUAAAAGUUUCAAAGGGCUGAGGGAAAAUACAAUUAUCUGUGCCAGCCCCAAAGAACUGCAAGGGGUGAAUGUUAUAGAUGCAGUGAAAAAUUAUAGCAUCUGUGGCAAAAGUACGACAGAAAAGUUUGACUUGCCGCAGGCUCCCCCCAAGCCCACCUUUAAACCAAAGGUCAUCCGGCCUAAACAUGAGAGCCAGCCCCCCCUGCCCCCCACCACGGGGGCCCCUGAGGCCAGCUCCAUGCCCGAGCACAGCACCCAGCAGAUCUCCUUCCAUAAAAUCAUUGCUGGGAGCGUGGCCCUCUUCUUGUCCGUGCUUGUGAUUCUGCUGGUCAUCUACGUGUCCUGGAAGCGCUACCCUGCCAGCAUGAAGCAAUUGCAGCAACGCUCCCUAAUGCGACGGCAUAGGAAAAAGAAACGACAGUCGCUGAAGCAGAUGACUCCCACCACCCAGGAAUUUUACGUUGACUAUAAGCCCACCAACAGCGAGACCAGUGAGAUGUUGCUGAACGGGACGGGACCUUGUUCGUACAGCAAGGGAGGCUCCAGGGAAUGUGAGAUACCUUUAUCUAUGAAUAUGUCUACAUUUCUUGCAUAUGAUCAGCCUACAAUAAGUUACUGUGGUGUACAUCAUGAACUUCUUGGUCAUAAGUCCUAUGACUCAAAUGCACAGGAAGAAACAAUGGAGACACCAUUAGAGACUGAGCUGGAUCUGAGCACAAUCACAAGAGCAGCACGAAAUCAGUGAUCACACUCAGCUGACUUGUGUGGUCAGAAAGAUAACCCUGAGUCACCACCAUUUUUUUUUUUAAUUUGUCACAAAGAAUUAAAUUAGUCCUUCUCCGGGGUGAAUUGGAAACUCCCCAUUCUGUUUAAAAAGUUACACAUUCGAAUACAGAUUGUUUCAAAUCUACGAUUUGUAAUUAGCUAAGUUGUGGGGGUUUUUUUACUUAAAAAUGAAGUAUGAUCCUUAAAAUAAAUCUUUUCUUUUUUUUCAAAACUCAUCCUACCUAUCUGUAAAAAGGAAAGAAAAAAAAACUGUACAGAGCUGAUGUAUUUUUUCAUAUUGUAAAGUUUCAAUAUAUUGAAAUGUACUGGAAUGUACAGGACCAUGCUUUAUUUUAUUUUACAAUUUUCAGUCUUUAAAAUUUUAAAUUAACAAAGCUUGUGUUAUAUUCAGAGUUUCUCAGAUUUGUAGAAACUAGUUUGUUCUGCAUUUAUGCCCUCAAAACAAAAGCAUCCUAAAAUUCUGUACUGUGCAAAUUAGACACAGAUUCUAUUAUACAACACAAUUCUUUCAACAUGUUUUGGAAAUAAUCUAUUAACCAAAUUAGAGUUGGAUUAUUCAAACUCUUAUAGACAUGGUCUUCAGGAGGGGAAGGGAGCUACUAAAAGAAAAAUAUUUUUUAACAGUUCUCCAAAUUAACUCUUGCCUUGAAUUACAAAUUGCUUUCUCAAGCAAUGAAAUGUAAUGAUAAAGAGGGAUAUUUUAACAACACUUUUCUGAAUGAAUGGCUUAUUCUUUCAUAACAUCAAUACAGUAAUGGAAUGAACUAAAAGAAGAAGAAAAAAUACCACUAAAGGCAAAGACAGUAACCAUAGCAACAAAGGUUUCAUUAACGGAAAAAACAAAAAUAAUUGGAAGGGUCAGCCUGGAUAUGGUUUUCUUUAGUUACAUUAUAAAGCAAAGUGACAGACCCAACAGGUAAUAUAACAUGACAAUCGCCCAUAAUGAUUAAACAUGUUGUAAUAAUAUAUAUUGUCUGCAGGUAUGUUUUAGGGUUAUUUCAUCAUUGCCUAAAAUAUGCAUAGGCCAAUAUGCACACGUCCAAGGUUUUCCAAAAGAAGGAACAAAGGAUGGAUGGAUGGAAGGAUGGAAGGAAGGAAGGAAGAUUUCAACAUACAAUGUGUGAAAAACCAAUUUCUAAGAGGUGUACUCCAAAGAAACUGACACACGUGCCUUGCACAAGAGAGAUAAAGUUAGAGCUAAUCACACAUUUCAAGUUCGCUUUGCAUUUACACUGACAUGCUCAUUAUCUGAAAGGUAAGGAAGCCAUCUUCUAAGUGUUCCCUGGUGGGAACAGAACAUAAUUUAUUUUUACACAAAUACCCCAAAGCUUCAUUUCCAGGGACAUUCUAAAGCUCACUUAACCGGGGGGCUUCUGCCACAAGGCAGGCACACGUUCAUUUAGAUCAGGGGUUUUCAACCUUGGCAACUUUAAGACUUGUGGACUUCAGCUUCCAGAAUUCCUCAGCCAGCUUUGCUGGCUGAGGAAUUCUGGGAAUUGAAGUCCACAAGUCUUAAAGUUGCCAAAGUUGAGAACCCCUGAUUUAGAUCUACAAAGUAUGAGCAUAAACAUUUUCCCCUUUAAAUGGGAAGGGUCGUUUUAAUUAGGGCUUCUGGUUUAUGCAUGUAGUCCCUGUGUCAUUUCACUAACUUUAAAUAUUUUUUAUCAUCUAUUGUUUCAUGUUCAGCUGUAAGCUAAUGUGUACAGUAGACUCCCCCCACACACACACACACCAUCUCCAUUUUUGAUCAAAGUUGAUAGAGAGUGGAGUCAAAGAAGACCCCUCUCUGUUUCUAUCUAUUACUACUUUAAGAGGAAAGUAGUAUAGGUAGUCUUCAACUUAUGACCAUUCGUUUAACAGCCAUUCAAAAUUAUGUCAGCACUGGAAGAUGUGGCUUACAACUGGUCCUGGCACUUACAACUAUUGCAGCAGCUCUGCAGUCACAAGAUCAAAAUUUGGGCAUGGGACAACUGGCAUUUUUUAACAAUGGUUGCAGUGUCCUGAGGUCACAUGAUCACUAUUUACAAUCUUCCUCAGGUCCAAUGUGUUGCUCACACUUGUUUAGAAUCGCUUUUCCUCUGAUGGUCAGCAGCAGUCUUUCUUCUGCCAGUCCCAAGGUGGCUACCACCUUCCCGCAAUCGACAAGGGCCCCCUCUUGGCCCGUAACCUCUACGGGGUGACUUUCAGUUCUUUUUGGACCCCCAGCAGGAAAAAAUCAGGUGUGGGAAUCAGAGCCCUGCUUUCCUGCGCCUGCUUUACCACAGUGACGAAACUGGCAUUUUGUAAUGAUAGUUACGGUGUCCUGAGGUCACAUGAUCAUUAUUUACAAUCUUCCCAGGGACCUUCUGACAAGCUAAUGGGGGGGAGUCAGACUCACUUAACAAUCACAAUUCACUUAACGAUUGCAGUGAUUUAAUGACUCCAGCAAAAAAGUCAUAAAAUUGAGCAUGAUUUAAGAAUCAUAUUACUUAGUAAUAUGUGGGAAUAACGAAAAUAUUAGAAAUUAAACAGCAGUUGUAAACACCAAUGAAUGAUUUAAAAAACAUUUUUGCAUAGCAGAUCAGAUUGGAGGGGAUAUAAAAUGUCUACCCAAAAAAAAUUGUUCAUGAAUUCUUGAUUAGUUGCGAGUGAUUAAAAGCUUUAAAACUAUUAACAACACUGUUUAUUAAAAUACUUAUUACACCACUAUCACUUCACAUCAUAAAACAGAAGAUGUAUCUUAUGGUGAUCUCAUUAAGGAAAAAAGAUUCAAGGAUUCUUGGGUUUUCCAAACUAGAGGGACAAAAUUUCAUAUAAUAGUAACAAUCCUUCUUUUUAUAAAUAAAGAUAAAUUUAAUCACAAAUCUAUUUUUCUCAGUAUUUCUUCCAAGUAUUUUACAACGACUUCAUCAAUGGAAUUAAGAAAUAUGAAUUGAUUCCUUUGUAUAAAGCAACUCUUAUUGGGGAAAAAAAUCUUCAGAAUAUUGUUAAAAGAAAUGCAAGCCUACAAAAUGUCAAAAGAGAAUACAUUGUAUUAUUUAUUUAACAUCCUAGAUUUUUGUAACAUAUUUUGCAUAAAUUAUUUGCUAUUCAAAA